AUGGCUCACGUUGCGUCAAACGGUGGAGGCGUCUCCAAACCCGUUAACCAGGAACCUGCUGGAGAUGUCUCGGUACAGCAGUCCCACCCACGCUACGAACCUCCCAGGAAAACCCAUUUUUCGCAGUACCUGAAAGAGGUACUGGUGCAGCACCGCCUGCUGACCAAUCAGCAACUGGCAGUGUCUACAGGUGGGCGGGGCCAGAAGGAGCGCCACGUGCUGCAGGUGAACAGGUGUUUCUCCUCAGGCAGCUGCAGUAUGAUAUUCUGCAGAACCAGGCCGGUGACCCAGCGGGUCGGCAUGGACCAGUGUCAGGUGAUUAUCCAGGCCAAGCUGCAGAACCAGAACCAGUGGUUCUCCUCAGUGUUUGGGCCGUCGGUUCAAACGUGUUUUGUAGAAUCAGUCGGAUUCAUUCAGGCGAUUCUGGUCGGGAUAAUCCAGAUUAGCAGAUCUUAUUCCUUCUUCUCUCUCUCCUUCCAGAACCAGCAGCUGGUACCGGACGGCUCGGCCCGCUCCCUGCUCACAGCCACUGUGGGCCCCAGGGUUCUGACCCGGCUGGACGACGGGUCUGGCGGCACCAGCCCGGAGCGCGUGGCGGCGCUGUGGGCCGAGGCGGGCAUCAGGAACAGCCAGCAGAUCCUGCAGAGCCUGGACUUCCCCCUGGAGGAGCGGCUCAGCCUAUCGGACCUGACCCUGGUUCUGGACAACGAGCUGCUGCUGAGCGCCAACUCUGUCCACCAGGCGGCGCUCAUCUCCUACAGGACCGAGAUCCAACAUCUGCAGGAGGCGUUGGAGCAGGCCAGCAGAGAGCGGGACAAGCUGAGGUUCGAUCUGGACCGGGCCGACCAGCAGAACCUGCAGCUUGUUCGGGAGGCGGACGACCGGCACGCCAGCAUGGAGGCGCUCAACCAGAACCGGAUCAGGGAUCUGGAGUCGGACUUCAGGCGCCGAGCUGCGGCGCUGCGGCUGCAGGCGGAGCAGGAGAACGAGGCGCUGCUGCAGCAGGGCGAGCGAGAGCGCAGCGCUCUGCGGCAGGAGCUGCUGCUGCUGCGGGGGAAGGAGGCGGAGCUUCAGGAGGAGCUGGAUUCCGCCACACAGGAGAAGCUCCGCCUGCAGCAGGAGCUCGGCGCCUUGCAGUCCGCGCUGAGGGAAGCAGAUGGUUCUGUUCAGAGGCUGCAGACGGAUCUGGACCAGCUGCUGCUACACAAGCUCGGUGGUUUGGACCCGGCCGGCGCCGGCCUGAGCCAUGAGGAACGGUUCUGUGAGCUGCUCAGAGAGUCCCAGCGCCAGUGCAGGGAGCUGCAGGACAGAAACGACGAGCUGCUGGAGGCCCAGAGGAGCUGCAGGAGGUCCUCCAGGCCAUCAGGGGGCGCCGGCAGCCAGUGCGACGCAGCAGGCGACUCGGACAUGAGGAGCAUCCAGUCGGAGCUGGCGCUGCAGCAGCUGAAGGAGAGCCACCAGGAGGCGCUGCAGCAGCUGCACAUCCAGCUGGAGACGCAGAUGAACUACUAUGAGCGACAGCUGGACAUGAUGAAGCAGAACAUGGAGGUGGAGAGAAAGGACAUCUGCCAGGCCUUCAAGGUGGAGAUCAGUGAGCUGGAGGAGCAGAAGGUCCAGGUGGAGCAGCAGCUGAAGGAGGCGCUGACUCGCCUCCAGAACCAGCAGGGGGCGGGGCUUACCGCCGAGGAGCAGCGCAGGGUGCAGCGAGAGCGGGCCGAGCUGGAGCAGAACUACGCCAGAGAGAUCGGCAACCUGGUGCAGAAGCUGAGCGCCGAGAAGGAGCAGCUGGAGGCGGAGCUUAAGCUGCACACACAGCAGGAAGUGAUGCGCGUCAGGAAGGAGGAGGCGGCCCCACGGUUCGGCCAAUCACAGGUCGGCCUGGAGGGGGCGGAGCCAGUGGAGCCGCAGGAAGUUCUGCUCCUCAGAAAUGGGUCGGACUCCCUAGACUGGAUCAGGAGCGUUGAGACGGCGCUGCAGGAAGUGCUGCAGGAGGAGCAGAACCGGACCUCACUGCUGCAGGAGGAGGUGACCCGGUUGGGCCAGGAGAACAGAACCUACAUGGUUCUGGUGGACCAGCUGUCCUCCCAGAUCGUGGAAAUGGAGGAGGAGCUGUGCUCCCUCAGCGCCCCCUCCAGAACCUCGGAGCGGAUCGACUUGCUGCAACGGGCCCUGUUGGACUCCCAGAACCAGCUGAGCAGAACCCAACAGAACUUUGAGACGGAGAAGAGGAGGCUGGCCCGGCAGCUGGUGGAGCUGGAGGACCUGGUUCUGGAGCUGGAGGUCCGGACCGACUGGGAGGACCAGGCCGACCGGACCGGACCUCACAGGGCCCAGCUGGAGGCGGUCCGGUCGGAGAAUGCGGCUCUGCAGGAGAGGCUGAAGGUUCUGCAGCAGACAGUCCAGAACCUGGAGGAUGAGUCUGAGAAGAGGAGGAGGAGGCAGCAGGAGGUGGAGGAGGAGCGGGAGACAAGCAGAGAGGAGGAGGAGCAGCUCCACAGAGAGAACUCCCGGUACCGUGAGGAGGUUCUGGACCUGAGUGGCAGGAACCUGCAGCUCAGCAGCGACAACGGCAACCUUAGCAACCGUCUCCAUAGCGAGCAGGAGAUGGUCCGGAUGCUGCGGGAACGCCUAGCAACCGUUACCAAGGAACAGGAAGAGGAGGGGGCUGCUGUGAGGCGGCUGGAGGCGGAGCUUAGCAAUGUGAAGGCGGAGCUUAGCAGGAUGAGGGCGGAGCUUCAGAUGGUGGCGGAGGAGAGGGAGGAGCUGCAGAAAGACGGGGAGCAGCAGAAACGCUACGCGGAGCAGCAGGCGCAGCAGCAGGCGCAGCAGCAGGCGCAGCAGCGUGUCGCCGCCCUGCAGGCGAAGGCCGAGCUGCUGGCCGCCACACAGGAGAAUCUGGGCCACGCUCAGGAAGUGUCGGAGCUCCACAGGAAGCUGAGGGAGGCGCUCAGUAAGGUGGAGGAGCAGCAGGCAGAGGCCCAGAGGUUGAUGGAGGAGAAGACGGAGCUCCAGCAGAACCUGCAGACCCACAGACUGACGGUCCAGAACCAGGAGCUGCAGCAGCAGAACCUGAACCAGGAGCAGCAGAACCUGAAGUCCAGAUUGGACCAGGCGGAGACGGCGCGGACACAGGCAGAGGAGCAGGCGCAGCGGGCGGAUGUGGCGCUAGGCGUGGCCAAGGCGCAGCAGCUGCGGUGGCUGCAGCAGCUGCAGGAGCAUGCGGGCGGCAGGCAGCAGCUGGAGCAGCUGCAGGCGGAGCUGCGGGCGGAGCAGGGGCGGAGCCAGCAGCGACAGGCGCAGCUGGAGCUGCAGCUGCAGCAGAGCAGAUCCCAGGCCAGCCUGAAGCAGGAACAGUUCAAUAGAGCGGAGGCAGCGCUGCAGCAGCGGGCCGCCGGCCUGGAGGCGCAGCUGAAGGCGCUGCGCAGCGUGCUGCAGGACAACGUGCAGCAGCUGAAGGAGCAGAUGGAGCGGAGCAACAAGACCAGCAGUGCACUGAAGGAGCUGCACCUGCAGAAUACGCAGCUGCUGGCGGCGCUGCAGGUCACAGAGCUGCGGCAGAAACAGGCAGAGAAGAAGAACGACCAGCUGGAGGACAAGGUCACAGCGUUGGGGGCGCUGCUGAGGGAGGUGGUGGCCGCCACCGUGACCUCCAGCUGACCUCUAGUUGGGAGCCGAUGACCUUCAGCAAGGAGGCAUCCAAUCAGAGCUGAGGAUCGUCCAAUCAGAGCUCACCUCCUGGCAUUUUUAGCUGCUCUGGUUCCAUUCAGACAUUUGAAGCUGAUUUUUCUCUAAAUGGAGGUUGUUUUUUUUAUUUGUUUUUAUUUUCUUCAGA